UAAUGGACAAUAAUUUCUAAUUACCAAAUAAAUAAGCCUGUUUAGACUAAUUAACAAAACUAGGAAUAGAUUAUAUUAUACAUCAUCAUGAUCCUGUUCCAACUAUGGAAGAAGUUGUUAAAAUUAAAGUUGCAGAUGGAACAGCAUAUGUAAAGAAUCUAUUGUAUGUUGAUAAGAAAGUAUAAUAUAUAUUAUUAUAAAUUAGUCUAAUUAUUAUUUGAUAUUAGCUAAUCAUACAACUCAAGUUGGUAAAUUGUUUUGGAAAACACUUGGAUUAGCAUCUGGAAACAUGAGAUUAAGUAAAGAAGAAUAGAUUGCUGAAGCUUUGAAAUCAAGUAAAGGUAAUGUCAAUCCUUUUGCUGUUGCUAAUGAUAUAAAUAAUUUAGUAUUGCUCAAUAAUAUAUAAUAUAGGUCAAAAAUAUUAUUAUUGAUGAAGAAUUGAUUAAAUAUUAAAGAUUAGCGUUACAUCCAAUUGAAAAUACAAGUACCAUUGAAAUUUCACUUGAUGAUUUAUAAAACAAGUUCCUUAAAAUAUUAAACAGAUAAUUUACAGUUUUAUAAUUAACAGAUGCUGCUGCAGAAUAAAAAUUAGAAUAAUAAAAAGAAUAAUAAAAAGAACAAUAAAAAGAUUUAUAAAAAGAUCAAUAAAAUUUAUAAACAUUAGCUAUUACAGUAAAAAAAUCAGAUUUUUCAGAAUGGUAUUAAUAAGUAAUAAGAAAAGCAGAAUUAAUUGAAUAUUAUGAUGUUAGUGGUUGUUAUAUUUUAAGACCAUGGGCAUAUUUCAUAUGGGAAUAAAUUUAAAGAUUUUUUGAUGAUCUUAUUAGAACAGAAGAUGUUGAAAAUACUUAUUUCCCAAUGUUUCUAUCUGCAAAACAUUUGAAUAAAGAAAAGGAACAUGUAGAGGGAUUUAAAGCAGAAGUUGCUUGGGUAACAAAAUAUGGAGAAAGUGAUCUAAAUGAACCAUUAGCCAUUAGACCAACAUCAGAAACAAUUAUGUAUCCAGCAUUUGCAAAGUGGGUAUAGAGUCAUAGAGAUUUACCAUUAAAAGUGAAUUAAUGGACAAAUAUAGUGAGAUGGGAAUUCAAAUUUCCAACUCCAUUUAUUAGAACAAGAGAAUUCUUAUGGUAAGAAGGACAUACAGCUCAUUCAACAAGAGAAGAAGCAGUUAAAUAAGUUUAUACAAUUUUAGAUUUUUAUGAAUAAGUUUAUGGUGAAUUAUUAGCAGUUCCUGUUAUAAAAGGAGUAUAAAUAUUUAAAAAUAUAUAUAGAUUAAAACAGAAUCAGAGAAAUUUGCAGGUGGUGAUUUUACAACUACAGUAGAAACAAUCAUUCCAUAAAAUGGAAGAGGUUUAUAAGGUGCUACAUCUCAUCAUUUAGGAUAAAAUUUCAGCAAGAUGUUUGAGAUUAAUUUUGAAGAUGAUAAAAAAUAAAAAGCAUUUGCUUGGUAAACAAGUUGGGGUUUAACAACUAGAUCUAUUGGUGCUAUGAUUAUGUUUCAUGGUGAUGAUAAAGGUUUAGUAUUACCACCAAGGAUUGCUAAAUAUUAAAUUGUUAUUAUUCCAAUUAUUCAUAAAGAUCUUGAUGAGACAUAAUUAAAUGAUAGAUGUGAAUAAAUUAGAUAAAUGUAUUUAUUAUAUUAAUAAAAUUUAUAGAUUGAUUAAAUAAAAAUUAAGAGUACAUUUAGAUAGUAGAGAUAAUUAUUCUCCUGGAUGGAAAUUUAAUAAAUGGGAAUAAAAAGGAGUUCCUAUUAGAUUAGAAAUAGGACCUGGAGAAUUCAAAAAUAAUGAAGUUAGAGUUGUUUAAAGAUUUGAUAAUAAGAAAUAUUAAAUUAAGAUAGACGAACUUAAUUAAUUAAAUUAAAUACUUGAUAAUAUUCAUAAUAACAUGUUAGAAAAAGCUAAAAUUGAAUUAAAUUAAAGAAUAAAAUAGGCUGAUAAUUGGAAAGAAUUUAUGAGUUAAUUAAAUCAAAGAAAUACUAUAUUAACUAAAUGGUAAUUAUGAUAUUAAUUUAGGUGUGAAAGAUAAGAAUGUGAAAAGUAAGUAAAAACAAAGUCAGGUAUAGAAUCUAAAGAAAAGGAUUCUGAAAUUGAUGGAUAAGUUUAAUUAACUGGUAGUGCUAAGACUUUAUGUAUGCCAUUAAAGUAAGAUUAAGUAAAAGAAGGAGAAUUAUGUUUCAAUUGUGGUGAAUAAGCAAAGAAGUAUGUAUUAUGGGGAAGAUCAUAUUGAGAUAUUAAAUAUGCAAUAAUAUACAUAUAUUAAAUUAAUUAUCAAAAUGCAUAGAAAAGUAAUUGCUAGUAUUUAAAGAAGUUAAAAGAAUCCAAUCCAAGAGUGAAAUUAACACAUCUUAAUAAGACAAAUAUUGUUGACGUUUGGGCACACAAUUUUUAAGCAGAAAUUGCAGAAAUUGCUGAUUUAAUAGAAGAAUUUAAUGUUAUAUCCUUAGUAAUGAUUUUAUUGAUUUUAGGACACAGAAUUUCCAGGAACAGAAUAUGAUUAACCAGAAAGUGAUGAUAAGGUUAUUGUGAUAUAGUAAUAUAUUAGGAUUAUGAAUAUUUAUAAUUAGUCAGAAAUGUUCAAAAAUAUAAACUUAUCUAAUUAGGAAUUAGUUUAGCAAAUGAAGCAGGAGAAGUACCUUUAGCCAAAAAUACAUGGCAAUUUCAUUUCAGAUUUAAUGCUCAGUAUCAUUUUAUUUAAAUACUUAUAGAUAUGAUUAGCUUAUGAGUUCUGUCAAAAACAUGUUAGAACAAGCAGGAAUUAAAUUUGAUGAUCUGGCAUCAAAAGGAAUUGAUUAUUCUGAAUUUUGUGAAGUGGUUACAGGGAGUGGUAUUAAUAAUUGCAUAUUUAAUAGGAUUAAUUUUAAAUGAUGAAAUUAAAUAUGUUGUAUUUCAUGGUGAAUUUGAUUUUGGAUAUCUAUUGCAUCUAUUUCAUCAUUCUGGUAUUCCUGAAACAUAAGAUGAAUUCUAUAAAAUGAUGAAACUCUAUUUCCCAUCAAUCUAUGAUUUAAAAUACAUACUUAAAGACAAUCCUAAAUAUAAGGAUGCAGGUCUCAGUAGACUAGCAACUAAAGUUGAAGUAACACGUAUAGGUCCUGAACAUUAAGCUGGAUCUGAUGCUCUAUUAACAUUACAAUGUUAUUAUCAAAUGAAGUUUUGUUUUCCAGAUUUGUAAAGUGAUUUCGAAAAGAAUAUGAAUGUUAUUUAUGGAAUUGGAAAAGGUUACAUACCUAAUAAGUAUUCAAAAUCUAAUUCUUAGUCGUCGUAAAACCUUUGCAUCUACAACAUAAACACCUGAUCCAACAUUAUAAGUGUCCUAAAUAGAUUAAGCAUAUUAUUAUUCUCAAAACUUUUACAAUGACGAACAACAAUAUUAUUAAUAUAAUUAGUAAUAUCUGAAUUACAAUUAUUAUGGUUAAUAUUAAAUGCUAGACACUGAUUAAUAAAAGAGAAAGAGUGGUUAUUGA